ACGACUCAAAGUUUCAUGUUCAGAGCAAGCACAUGCCUAUGGCUGCCACACUGUUCAUAAACGGCAAAUUCUUUGCCGCCGAAGACAACGAAAAACUUCACGAAGCCAAAUUCCACGAGUGCAUGCUUGUUGAAAAUGGAAUAAUUGAAUACGUUGGCAGUGCUGAUGCGGACAUCAAUGCUCUGGCUUCCUCAAAGGGAGCUGAGGUGCACGAUCUUAAAGGUCACCACGUUCUUCCCGGCUUCAUAGACGGCCACGUACACGCUCUUCUGCUUGGUCAGUCUCUGCAGAGACUGAACUUGGAAAAGUGUCAAAGUUUACAAGAGAUUCGAGAUGUUAUCAGCGUUUAUGCAGCCACUCAUGCCGACGCAUCUCGCAUUCUGUGUGGCGGCUGGAUGGAGUUCCAGACUGAUGGCAAGGCCGAAGUCUCCAUGUUAGAUGACUUGGAUCCGCGACCUAUCUACAUCAUGUCGAGAGAUCUUCAUGCAUGCUGGUGCAGCACCGCAGCAAUCAAAGAGAUGGGAUUGGAGUCUGCACCCAAUCCUGUGGGAGGAACCAUACAUCGCGACAACCAAGGCAGAGCAACCGGACUCCUCAGCGAAACGGCAUGCACACUCUUAGCAUGGCCGCAUCUGGCACAAAUGGCCACGCCAGAGGAACGCGUUGAAGCAAUUCGAGGCGCAAUCAAUGCUCUUCAUGCCGUUGGCUGCACCGGCUUCGUGGAAAUGGCCAUGGACGAAAUUGGCUGGGAUGCGUUACAGACCCUCCGUGCAGAGAUGGGCGGCCAGCUUCCCCUGCACAUUGCGGCUCACUGGCUGGUCCGCCCAACCGAUUCUACAGAUGGCGAUUCGGAGGAGCUUGAUCGGGCCAUUGAAUUGAGCCGCAAGUUCAAUGCCGUCACAUCACCAGACUUUCGCAUCGUGGGUAUCAAGAUCAUGUGCGACGGAGUUGUUGACUCAUGCACUGCGGCUUUAGUCGAGCCUUACUCCACAACAGGCUUAUCAACAGCUCCCAUAUGGACAGGCGAAGCUCUUGGGGCAGUUGUCCGCAAAGCAGAUCGAGCUGGCCUGCAAUGUGCCCUGCAUGCCAUUGGAGAUGCCGCCGCUAAACUCGCCAUUGAUGCCCUGUCAGAUAAUGGCACCCCGGGUCGCCGCCAUCGCAUCGAGCAUCUCGAGCUAACCAGUCCUGGCGAUGGAGCUCGUCUUGCCGCCGCUGGCAUCACGGCCUCUAUUCAGCCUGCUCACGCGGAUCCGGUCCUUCUAAAGGCCUGGCCGGAACUCCUCGGCACAGCACGCUGCGGACGUGCAUUUGCAUACGGCGACUUCGCAGCGUCUGGAGCCAACAUUUCUAUUGGGUCAGAUUCUCCCACUGCGCCGUGGGAUGUACUUCGUAAUCUUUACACGGCGACUACUCGACGGUCUGUUCGUGACCAGAAUUAUUCUGUAGUGAUGAAUCCGGAGUUUGCUCUUUCUCUAUGCCAGGCAAUGCAAGGAGCUACACGCGGAAGUGCAUACUCUUGUUUCGCCGAAGGCUGGACGGGAAGUUUAGUAAAAGGGUUGCAGGCAAAUUUUGCGGUUACGGAGAUGGAAUGGACUCCAGAAUCGUUGCUUCAUGCUCGAGUCAAUGAAACUUGGUACAGAGGCAAGAAAGUGUAUGACGCAGCCAAAAGUGUUUGAGAGACAUGCACAAAAGGGUAAAAAUGAUUUAUCCAUAAACAAAAAUCUUCAUAGAAUUUGAAAACUGCCAGUGCUCGGGUUUGGAAUGUAGUACUAGUAUUAGAUAGGGUAAUUAAGUGACACUCAAC